UGCACAUAAAGCUGGUAGAGAUCCACCAGGACAGAAGACGAAGACGGAGAAGAGACUAAAACAAGCAGCCGUGCAACAUCAGGAACAUCCUCUCCAAACAGACAAGCGUAAAAGAGAGGAAAAGGAAGAGGAGAUGCCUCUGCCGACUGUCAGACAACUUUUUCUUUUAUGUUUAUUCUGGUUUCUUGGAUCUUGGAGCACAACAGAUGCCAGUGUUUUCGAUCAGUGGGAAGACGGGAUAGAGUUAAGAAAGGUGCGAGACAUCCAGAGCGAUGAUCUGAGUGAUGUUUUAUGGGGAGAUCAGGAUGAGGAGCAAGACCAGAAAGUGUUUAAAAGAUUCCUGUUUCAUUACUCUAAAGCACGCAACUCUAUCGGAGCUAUGCAGCACCCUGUGCUCUCCAGAGGAGACAGCAAGCAAAUGUCUCACUCAGUUCAUCCUCUGAUGAGGCUUUUCCCCAAACUCAGGAGGAAGAAGAACAUGGUGCUUUUGAUUCGAGGUCUGCCGGAGGAUAUGCUGUAGAAGAAUAAUCUACAAACAGGAAUGCCGACUAAAUCUGAAUCUACGGACGGAGCAACGUGCUCCAUCGAUGACAGAGAAAUUACUUUUUGAUAACAGAAAAUAAAUGAUUGUACAGCUGGAAAACAUAGAAACUGCUCCACCAUGUGUCUGCCUGCUUCCAAAUGUCUGCGAGUCGAUGAUGUGGGGCGCUACCAAACACUAAUUGUUGCACAGUUACACAACACAUGGGUACGCAGAAUACAAACAAACAAUAACAGUCACACAAAUAACCCAAAAAAAGAGAAUUAAGGGAAAAAGAUGGCACAGAU